CCUCACUCUCCUCUCCAUUCUCCCUCUCUCUUCCUUCCUUACCUUGCUUUUCUUUGUAGAUGAAUGGUCAUAGACUACUCUAAUCUUUGAUCUUAGAAUUUUUAUUGAGUAGUGACGUAGAGAGAGAAAGAGUGAGCAUAAUUGUAAUUGAUUGCUUAAGUACUUCUCUUGUUAAAUUGGGUUUUGAUCUAUUUUUUCUUGGUUUUUGCUUGUUGGGUUUGGUUGCUUGUUUUUCUCCUUUUGGAUGGGUGAGGAGAAGGGGGUAGUGGUGAAAAAGGGGAAGAAAUAUGGAGAAGUUGGGAGGGAAGGGUGGUUGUACUGCAGCCUUGUACAAGUUUCUCUGGUAGUGUUGGACAAGAGAAUUCUUCUUCCUACAAGUGAAAUUGCAUUAUACAAUCUUUUAAGCUAUUAAAAGAUCAACAAUCAAAACACACAAAGUAGGAAACUUUCAGAGGGAGAAGGAGACCCAGAAAAAAAAGAUCUUGUUUUUAAGAGUUGUUCGCAAUUCUGCAACCAUGAAGAGACUUAGCAGCUCUGAUUCCAUGGGUGCUUUGAUGUCCAUGUGCCCAACCUCAGAUGAAAACAAUCCGGGGACCAACCAUGUCUACAGUAGGGAGUUUCAAUCCAUGUUAGAUGGAUUGGAUGAAGAAGGGUGCGUGGAAGAAUCCGGCCAUGUCGCCGAGAAGAAACGCCGUUUGAGUGUAGAUCAAGUCAAGGCCUUAGAGAAGAAUUUCGAGAUCGAAAACAAGCUUGAACCAGAGAGGAAAGUCAAACUAGCCCAAGAACUUGGGCUGCAGCCAAGACAGGUGGCAGUUUGGUUUCAGAACCGCCGUGCCCGGUGGAAGACAAAGCAAUUGGAGAAAGAUUACACCUUCCUCAAAGCCAAUUUUGAAGCUCUUAAGCUUAAUUUUGAAAGCCUUCAACAGGACAAUGAAGCUCUUCGAAAAGAGAUAAGAGAGCUGCAAGCGAAGCUCAAUGGAGAGAACACAGAGAGCAAUCUUUCAGUGAAAGAGGAGGUGAUUCUGCCGGAAAAUGAUACAAAAACACUGGAACAUAGUGAACCGCUACUGGCUGCCUCAUCGGAGCCUCGAGAACCGAACUACGAGACCUUCGGCACCUCUCUUUUCCCUGACCUGAAAGAUGGGUCAUCAGACAGUGACACAAGUGCCAUCCUCAACGAAGACAACAGCCCCAACCCAGCAAUUUCCUCAUCUGGGGCUCCCCCGAACCAGCAAUUCCUGAUGUCUACGGCAGCGGCCGCAUCGUCUCCAUCAUCCUCCAUGAAUUGCUACCAAUUCCCGAAAACGUAUCAGCCUCAACAUUUUGUGAAGAUGGAGGAGCAGAAUUUCUUCAAUGCAGAAGAGACAUGCAAUUUCUUCUCGGAUGAACAAGUUCCUUCCCUCCAUUGGUAUUGCCCUGAACAAUGGAAUUAAACUAGAGGACACUGACCCUGUAUGUAUUAUCUCUGGAAAAUGCAGAGAAAAUAAAGGAAGGUUUAAUGGGUAGAGAGCUAGCUCCAAGAAUUUUUGUAAGUUUAACAUGGAUAGAUCUCCACUGUGCAAAGUGAAGAUUGGAGAUGAAGAGGAGGAGGGGAAGAAAGAGGUUCACGUGGGGGAGUGGGUGCAAGAUGACGCAAAAUGUUGGGCAGGGGGGGAUUUGGGGUUAAGCGUGCGCGAAUGAUUAGGUCGUAAUAGGAAGUUAUCUGCUGCUGUAAAUGGAAAAAUCUCUGCAAUCCAUUGGGGGGGAAAGUUCCUGUAAUGAAGAAAAAAUAAAGCAUCAUCAUCUUUUAUUU